AUGAAGGAGGGCCUGGGGACAUUCCUGGUACCUGCUGGCUUCUUGUGCUCUCACUGCUCCCUUCUGUCCUCUUUCAGAAUCAGCAUUUCCUGCCUGUGCCCAGCAUCAUGGCAUUUCACUGUGCCCCUGGUGAGCCUGUGUCCCCGUCAGCGACUGGCCCUGCUGGGACUCUUUCUUGGAGUCUGUCUCCUGCUACUCAUGGCAGCCACAGAUCUGCGCCGUUGGCGCUCCUCUCCCCCCCCAGACAAGCAGUUUGAGAGGUACCUGGCACGGGUGGGAGACCUGCAAGCUACAGACACAGAAGACUCAACGCUGAACUACGGGAUUGUCAUUGAUUGUGGGAGCAGUGGCUCCCGGGUCUUUGUGUAUUUUUGGCCGCCGCACAAUGGGAAUCCUCAUGACCUUUUGGACGUCAAGCAGAUGAGAGACCAGAGCAGCCAGCCCGUUGUCAAGAAAAUCAAGCCAGGGAUCUCCGUGUUGGCAACAACUCCUGAGCAAGCCAGUCACUACAUGCGCCCGCUGCUCAGCUUCGCUGCAGCUCAUGUGCCGGUAAAGAAGCACAAGGAGACUCCGCUCUACAUCCUGUGCACGGCGGGCAUGAGGCUGCUGCCUGAGAGACAGCAGGCUGCGAUCCUGGAGGACUUGGUGAGGAAUGUGCCCCUGGAGUUUGAUUUCCUCUUCUCCGAGUCGCAAGCUGAAGUGAUCUCAGGGAAGCAGGAAGGGGUCUAUGCCUGGAUUGGGAUCAACUUUGUCCUGGGGAGAUUCGAUCACGAGGAGGAGGAGGAUGCAAUGAUCACUGUGGCCCUGGGGGGUCAGGCGGAGUCCCUGGUGCGGAAGCGGACGGUGGGGAUCUUGGACAUGGGCGGUGCCUCUCUGCAAAUCGCCUACGAGGUGCCCAGCAUGGAGACCUUCUCCUCCCCACAGCAGGAGGAGGCUGCCAAGAGCCUGCUGGCUGAGUUCAACCUGGGCUGUGACGUGCAGCACACGGAGCACGUGUACCGUGUCUACGUCAGCACCUUCCUGGGCUUUGGGGGCAACUUCGCACGGCAGCGCUACGAGGAGCUUGUGCUGAACCAGACCCGUGCCCACAACAGGCUGCAGGGCCAGCAGAUGGGGACAAGCGCUGAGACACCCUUUCUGGAUCCCUGCCUGCCUGUGGGGCUCGAGGACACAGUAGAAAGGGGUGGCCAGACCCUGCAUGUCCGAGGACAAGGAGACUGGCAAACCUGUGCACAGCUGCUGCGCCCUCUGCUGGCAGGGGCCAAUGGCAGCCAGGCCUCCCUGACCCACACUUACCAGGCGCCCAUUGACUUCAAAAACAGCGAGUUCUACGGCUUCUCUGAGUUCUUCUACUGUACUGAGGACGUGCUGCGUCUCGGGGGCCACUACCAUGCACCCAGCUUCACCCGCGCUGCCCAGGAUUACUGCGGCCUGAGCUGGUCAGUGCUGACUCAACGGUUCCAAGAGGGCCUGUACUCACCACACGCAGACCAGCAUCGGGUCAAGUAUCAGUGCUUUAAAUCUGCCUGGAUGUACCAAGUCCUUCAUGAGGGCUUCCACUUUCCCCUGGAUUACUCCAGCCUGCACACGGCCCAGCUGGUGUACGACCAUGAGGUGCAGUGGACCCUGGGAGCCAUUCUCUAUAAAACACGGUUUCUGCCACUCAGGGAACUCCGCCAGGAGAGCAGCCGACAGGCCCACAGCCCCUGGCUCCGCCUGUCCUUCGUUUACAAUCACUAUCUCUUCUUCGUCUGCAUUCUGGUGGUGCUGCUGGCCAUCAUCCUCUACCUACUGCGGCUGCGCCGCAUUCACAGACGCCAGCUGCGCGCGGCUCCACUCAACCUGCUGUGGCUGGAAGAGGUGGUGCUGUUGCCAGGCCAGGAACUGGGGCCGUAA